CCUUGGUCGAAGGUCUUUGGUCUAGAUCUCCCUCAGAAGGUCGCGGGGCUCGGGCUGCUCAGGCUUUGGCCAACCUCCUCUUCCUUCACCCUUCACUCCCAACUCCAUGUCUGAUCGCGCCUCCUCGGCUUCAUUUCGAGUAGGGCCUCUAUCACCAUCGUCUCCCGCCGCAGGGUCUCUCAAGCAGAGCCAGCCGCCGUCUGUCUUGUCCGAUCGAAUUCCACAGACCCCGACAUCACCUCCGUUGAUGUCGGUAAGCGCUCAGAACUAUGCCACCAAUCUCGCAUCCUCGCAAACAUCACCUAACCAGGCGACCUCACAACCCGCAAACCUCUCAUCACCCCCGUCAUCUGCUCCGAUGUCCCACCAAGCCUCCCAGCAACCGACGGUAGGUACGGCGAAUUCGUUUCCAACGCCGGCCAGCAGCGUCAGCGGGCACAUCCCCAAUGCGAACUCGUUUGAUGAAUCCGAACCCGCGGACAAGCCAAUGGGGACAGAACCUGGUGCGACUACAGCAACCAUGAACGCCGCGGCCAUGCAGCAGGCAGAACACAGACGGACAGACCAUGACCGGGAUCUGGGAGGAAUGGGUCCGGCAAUCGGAGUCCGCGAUUUUGCCGACGUGAACGGCGAAAGUGACGCCAUGGAUAUUGAUCGAGAGGCCCCGGCUUUGUCUCUUCACAAUGGACCGAGUUUGGAGUCUUUGCAGAAGGACUUUUCGUCGGCCUUUCAUCUUUGCAAAAGCUCCUAUAGUGCGACUGGUCCGGACCCGGCUGUAGAUCUGAUCUCAUUGUACGGGUUGGGUCCGGUGGCGCAUUCUGUUGCGCGGUUGGACUCAGUGACGGGGGAGAAGAUCAACAGGCUCAGGAAGUCUUACGAGGGAAAAUUGAAGGGCCUGGGACUCGCGGGGAGAAACAAGCCAGUGAAGCAGGAACCCGGCGCGCCCGGAGGGCUCAGACACCUCACCAUGUGGCCCGAAGAGGAAUGGCAAAACCAGAAGGUGUUUGGGAAGGAGAUCAAGGUGGCCGAUAUGGACUCGGCACUGCACAAUCUGCAGAUGAAGGCCAUGAAGAUGGAGCCGGGUACGGUACCGAACAACGACUACUGGGAAGACGUGUUGGGCCACGAAAAACCGUCCAAACAUGCAGGCAGUGGUGACGCCGGCAAGAAGGCCGUCGGUGCUCCCCCUAACGGAAUUCGAAUCACGCAGCCGAACGGAACGCCAGCGCCAGUCACCGAUUCGGAACGGGCCCGACCCAGCCGGGGUCGUAAACGGCAUUACGACGAGAACAGCUUUGUUGGAUACGGCGAAGGCUACGCAGACGAUGAUGACGAAGGCGCAUUUUACUCGAACAGUGAAGGAAUCGGGAAGAAAAAACGGAAGAAGGACCACGUUUCGAAGAUAUCUACCCCUCUGCCUGACCGAGGUGGAAGUUACGGGGUGGGUAUGUUUGGGAUCGGGGCCAGAUGAGCGAACGGGACGGGGAGUUGAAGGGAUGAAAAGCAGUGUGGCCUGUUGGGGGGUUUUUUUUUUCUCUGCCUCUCU